AUGUCCCCCGUACGAACCAGAGCUGCUGCAGCAUCUGGCCCCGGCACUCAAGCCUCAAAACAUGAUCUAGGCUCCAGCCACGGCGGCUCACAGAAGGUCGCGAAAACCGAAAGCCGCAGUGAUGGAAAGGUUGAAAGCGCUGCCUCACGUUCGAAAUCAGUUUCCAAAGCAGACACGAACGACAAGCAAUUGUCGCAGAAAGCGGAUGGCAACACUGCUCCAGAGGUAGUCGAGACGGGCAUUUUGAACUACUUUAUUCGAGGACGAGUCGAGAUUGAGGAGCCCAAGACGUUAGAUGAGAUUGCUCGCGGGUACUUGGUGAUGCGCCCGCUCCCCGACGACAUUGAUCUCUCCAAGCGCCCGCUCCCAGAGUCCCUCACUGCGCGGCUGCUUGCCUUGCCAAAGAAGCAAUUGCCACAGUCUACCAGCGACCGCUUCAUGGCGUUUGUGGAUGAGACGGGCAUGUCCUAUUCCGAUCUUACAGAGGGCUUUCUUGCACCCCGGGAAUACGCGACCAAGACCAAGGGCGUGCGCCAUGUGCCCAGCGCCACGCCGGUCGGAGAGGGCGUAUAUGCUAUUCUUCGGGCGCAAAAUGAGACACACUUUGCCUAUAUUGCUACACUUCCCGAAGAGAAGCAAGACUUUCAGAGUGAGCUCGGCUUCCGCGAUCGUGGUAGCUUCAUCAUUAGCAGCAAGAAUCCCAAAUUUUCGGGACCUGCCUAUGCACGACUACCCUCGCCGCCAGAAUAUCCCAAAAAUAUUCUGGAAGAAUUUGGCUCAUAUCGCUGGAUUCCUACGAAGCCGGAGCAUUUAAACUACAAAAAUACGCAGCUUCUUCUCAUUGCGCGGGGCGAGAAGCCUCAGUUGGUUACUGGCGAUGAGAAAGGGCAAGCCAAGGUCGAAGAUGAAAUGGAAGAAUUGAUGGAAGAGGAUCUCAAGGGCAUGCAACAUUUGUCGAGCAACGAGUCAGAAGCCAUAUUUGCAGACUUGCAUGCCAAGUCCAAGUGGUUUCACGACAUUCCAUCAUCAUUCGGCAAAUCAUGA